AUGGCGCGCGUCUUCCCGGCGCUGGCGGCGGCGCUGCUCGCCUCGGCCUGCCUGCGGGCGGCCGCCCUCGGUGUCGAGCGGCCGAAGGGCGCCCGCCGCCGGGCCAGGGAGCGCCUGGACCGCGCGGAUCGCCUCCGCUACGAGGGCGAGGAUCCGGCGCCGACGGCCCCGCCCGCCCCGAAGGUCUACUGCCCUCCCGACGAGGUGGCCCUCGGCGCCGGCCAGGACGUGCCAGGCCGCCUGCCCGCGGUGUGCCAGCCAUCGACGCGCCCCGGGGCCAUUGCCGAGCUGCGCGGCAGCUUCGACGCCCACCAUAAGGCCUCCAUCGCCGCCGCCUUCGCGGGCUCGGAGGCCGGCGCCUACCUGACCGGGGCGAUGAGCGGCUGCGAGAACUUCCGCGCCUCGCUGCCGGGGGGCAGCGUCGCCUUGCGCUGCGUCUCCCUGGCUGGCUGGCUCCCGCGCGCCCUGCUCAACGCCAGCUCCGCCGAGGCGAGGGCGGGGGGCUGCGAGAGCGGCGUGGCACGCUGGGCCCGGCCGCUCAUUCUGCAGGCAGCCGUAGAGGCGUCUGGUCACCCCGUCUUUCUGGUGAGUGCGGACGACAUGAUGGAUUUGGGCGCAAGCCUGCUCGUGAGUGGAAAGAAGCAAAUGGCAGUCGCAGCGGAGGGCAACGGCAAGCUCAACACAGACGCGGUGUUCGCCACGAAGGCGAGCUUGAACUUCCUGGACAAGUGGGCGGAUCAGGCUGGUCAGUGCUUCAGCAGCCCUGAGGUGGAUAAAAGCGCUUUGCAGCAAGUGCUUCACUACGGGGGUAUGGGGAAGCUGCUGGGGACCUUCUACGCCACCGAGGUCGGAGAGUGCAUGAGGAGGGGCGAGUUCGCAACGCACUUCAAUUGCGCAGGCAAGCGCACAUCUUCUGUCAUGAAGAGCAUGCACGAUUGGGUGGAAGGCAUAACCGUGGACCCGAAGCAGGUGAUGCAGCCUGGUCAGGGACGCGCGCUGCGGAGGCAGCAGGAGCAGGAGCAGGGGAGCUACAACGCCGGGAUCAGCGCGUGCGAGAAGGGUGGGGAGUGGCAGUUGGCGGCUUCAUUGCUCGGCAAGCUGAGGGACGCGAGGCGACAUGGAAUGGAGAUGCCGCCAAGUAUGAUAUUGGUGUUGUUCAGCCUCAGGUCCUUCGGUCUGCAUCUUCCUCAUUUCGCCCUGGUCGCCCACCGUCGGUCGGAGGCCAUCUACGAGAGCUCCCGCCGGGAGCCCCUCGGGCAGCCAUACUUGCGGGGCUUGGUGCCGCCGAGACAGGCCGUGGCGGACCCCGGCUUCCGCUUCGGGGCCCCCGGCGCGCGGGCCCGCACCUGCUACGACCAGGUCGGCAAGGACGCCCUGGAGCCCAGCGGCCUCGCGGAGGACGACGCGCUCACCCACCAGCACUACGUCCUCUCGCACCAGGCCUGGCACCCUGGCGAGCAGCGCCGCCGGGGCUACCGGUGGCCCUUCGGCGUCCGGGGCCACACGUUCGGGUGCGCCACUGCCGCGAAGUGGCAGGAGCACGCGGGCCUCGGCAUAAGGGAGGUGUUCGCUGCCGAGGCGGCCGAG